AUGGCCGACGAUACUUUUGAUGAUCUCUUCAACUAUGAUCCUGGAAUCGAAGAGCUCCUGGGGGGGCCCGACGAUGAGACCAAUUCAGCUGCACCCCCAGGAGGGAAAGCUGAUGAUCUUGGAAUUGACGAAGAGAUCAAGAUUACAAAGAAACGAGCGCCAGCUGUAAAGCUUGAUGAAAACCGAUUACUUUCCCAAGCUGGUAUCCCGAAGCUCCGGAAAUCCGCAGAUACAAAGUUAAGAUUGAAGGGGAAACAUCAUGAGUUCUCUGACGUGGCUCGCCUGCUUAACUUCUACCAAUUUUGGCUUGACGACCUUUACCCUCGCGCAAAGUUUGCAGACGGACUCGCGAUAAUCGAAAAGCUUGGCCACUCGAAACGCCUGCAGGUGAUGCGAAAGGAAUGGAUCGAUGAAGGCAAACCUCGCAGAGCCCGUUCACACAAUGCCGCCAGAACUUCCAACAACCAAGUCAAUGGUACCAAGAAGAAUGACGCGGCACUAGACCCAUCAGUAUCAUCCGCUGUGCAUGAGGCCGUAUUGACACAAAAAUCCCCGGAAGCGGAGAACGGUGUGGGAGACGACGGGGCUUCUCGCGGCCCAGAGGCUUCGUCGAUUUUUGGCAGUCGCAGAAUCUCCAACAGUAUCCACAAUAGCGAUGACAAUGCGUUUGCAAGGCACGGCUCUGCAAACGGCAAGACAUGA